GCUGGCAGGAUUAUCAGCAGUUGAUAAUAGAUUGGAUAGCUGCGUUAGACAACAGUGAAUCCCUCAGUGAAGACUGUCGACAGUUCUGCAGCUGCCAGAGCUCUGAGCUGAACCAUGGAUAAGAAGAAAUCGACCGUCUCUCGCCACUCCGAACUCUUCAUCGAAACACCCCCAUCAUGGAUUGGAGUGAGACAUCUGCAAGUGGGUCUUCUGUUCCUCUGUAUGUUGUUUGCGUACAUCAUCCGAGUCAACAUCUCAGUGGCUAUAGUUGCCAUGACUGGCAGCAGCAGCAGUAACGUCGAUGUUGAUACUUACGAAUGGGAUACAUCAACCAAAGGUUUAAUCCUGAGUGCGUUCUUCUGGGGUUACCUGGUGAUGAACAUCCCAGCGGCUGUGAUUGGUCACAGUGUCAACAACAAGAUGCUGCUGGGAGGAAGUUUCGCCUGUGCCAGCAUCCUGAGUCUGAUCACUCCUGUUCUGGUGGGUUGGGGAGAUGCUCCGGUCGUAGUUGUCAUCAGAGUGUGUCAAGGACUGUCACAGGGCUUCAUGAUGCCGAUGAUCCAUGGUUUGCUGUCCAAGUGGGCACCUCCUCAGGAGAGAGCUAGAUGUGCCACUUACAUUCUAGGAGGCCUUCAGUUUGGCACAAUGAUUGUGCUCUCCUGCUCUGGGGUUCUGGCGUCCAGCUCCUGGGGCUGGCCCAGCAUCUUCUACUUCUCGGGAGGUCUGGGACUGUUCUGGGUUGUCCUCUGGAUGUUGCUGGGUGCCAACAGUCCAGAGGCUCAUCCCUUCAUCUCUGCUGCUGAGCGGCAGUUCAUCCAGCGCUCUCUGCCAAGCACUGCUCGAGACAAUGUUAAAAUGGCUAUUCCUUGGAGGGACAUCUUGACCAGUGGACCUGUCUGGGCCGCAACUCUUGCACAUAUUGGACAGAACUGGGCAAUGUGGACCAUCCUCACGGAGAUACCGACCUACUUCAACAAAGCUCUGAAUUAUAACCUCAGCAACGGAGGUUUCCUCACGGCAAUGCCGUUCCUGUUGAUGUGGCUUGUCUCUUUCCCACUGUCUUACAUAGCAGACAAACUCAUCAUCAAGGACAUCACAUCCGUCACAGCCUCCAGGAAAAUCUGGAAACACCAUUCUCUAAUGAUUUUAGCUCACUGGGGUGGAGCGAUUGCACUCAUCGGACUUGCGUUUGCAACGGACAGUAACAUGGCUGUGGUCCUGUAUACGAUCGCAGUUACCAUUAACUGCUGCAUCUACAUGGGUUUCAAUGUGAAUCAUCUGGACUUGUCACCCAACUUCGCUCGGAUUCUGAUGGGUAUAACUAACGGUCUUGCCAAUGUGACGUCCAUCAUUGCUCCUCUCUUUGUUGGACUGGUCAUCAAUGAUGAGGUGGGUCCUCCCUCAUGGAGGAUUGUCUUCCUCUUCUCGGCUCUUGCCUACUUCCUUGGUAACCUGGCCUUCAUCAUCCUCGGCUCUGGACAACUCCAGGAUUGGAACGAACCUAACUUCCACCACUCAAAUAAUGUGAACACAGACUAG